AUGAACCAGAACAUGGACCUUUGCUUAACUGAGGAUGAACCUGAGAAGCUUACUAGUGAAAGUUCAGAUGAAGAAAAGAAAUAUUUUAAGGAGUGGCAUAAGGCUAAUAAGAUGGCAAAGAAUGUUAUUAGGACUACCAUGUCAGACACAGUUAGAGGUAGCAUAGAGGAACCUGAUCUAGCCAUGGAUUUUCUGUAUGCCAUUCAUGACAUGUAUGGGGAGAGUGACAAGGCUGAGGCAGCUAGGCUGGCAAUGGAGUUUAACGACCUUAAGUAUACUGGAACAGGAAAAGUAAGAGAGCAUAUCAUGAAGCUUAUUGAGAUUAAUGCUCAGCUAAGAGACCUCAACAUGGGGGUCACUGAUGAUUAUGUAGUGCACACUGCACUGCAUUCCCUGCCUAAUAGUUUUAGCCAACUGAGGACCAGCUAA